AUGGCCUCUUUGGGACUUCGCAGCGCCGUCCAGCCCCUCCUCCGUCCUUUGUCCGGCGGCUCUGCAGGCGGGCUUCACCCGGCCAAGGGAGGGAGCAAGAACCGGCGCUUUUUGUUUGCAGCAGAGUCCGGAGAGCUGGAUUCCCUGGCGCGGAUUCUCCCCGCCGAGUGGAUUCCCCUGCUGCAGGCGGGAGCCCUUCCAAGAGCUUCUCUGGGCGCGGCUUGGCAGCAGAGCGCCGGCGGCUCGGCCCCCGCAGCCAGCACCUCCUCGCGCGCGGUCCCGGACGGGGAGCGCGGCCCCGGUGCAGCGGCUCGGGGAGCGCGCGGGCUGCGUCCGGAAGGGACCCGAGUCUGCGAGCAAAGAGCAAACCGGGCGGAAAUUCGUUCUUCCCACACUCUGCCCGCGGGGACGCAGGCGGAGAAAGAGGAGACGGCGGAGGGAGGACAGACCCCGGCAGGGGGAGGAGGAAACGCUAAGUGGCUCCACGUCUGGUCAGCCCGAGCCCGGGAUGCCAAGUGCCACGCUGUGGGAAGUUUGGGCAGCACGGAGGCCGCCAGCAUUCUGCAGGAAGUUUGGAGAGCACAAGGUUGCCUGCAGAAGGCCGUAAGAAUAGGAGGGUGUCUGAAGGGCGUAUUUACUCCAUCCUGCUGUGGGCUAGAACUUGAAGGUAUCACAGAACUGGUUCUGCCACCGUGAAAGUGUCUCUGCCACAUUUUGGUGAUUCAGUUCCAUUAACUCUCCUCCAGUAAUAGAGCCCUUGGGGCAGGCUCUGCUCCUGUGCACAUACCUAACAACCUUCACAGAUCCAAAGGUAACUGCUUCCUGCAAGGCCCUCCUGCUUCAUGCCUGGACUUGCAGUGAUCUUCAAAGUCUUUAGGCCCAGAAAUGUUCAGGCCUGGCUCAGUUGGGGAAGCAUUAUUAUUUAUUAUCUAUAGGGAAUGGAGCAUUUAAUCAGUGGCUCCUUUGGGGUCAGCCCCUGCUGAGAAUGAGAAUACACAAAGAACUGUUAAUUACUGUUUAUUUAUGGGAACCAUCUUGCUAAAAAUAAGGACCCUCCCCCCAUCCAAGGUGUUGAGAAAACCUAAGUUUUGAGCACCUACUCUGCAACAUGUGGAAAAUUAAAGGAAAGAUACAGAUUCUCACCUUAAGAGAAUGACAGCCUAGUGGGAAAGGCAAUGCACUGAAAGGCUAGAUAAUAAUAUAAGGCAGUAAGAGAGAACACCGC